GGCUAAUGGCGUCGGCAAGUCUGGGGAAUCUGGGGACCCUGGGAAGCGGGCGCUGAAGCUUCUCGCCAGGUUGGUUGGUGACGUCCAGUGUGACCUGGCCCCGCGGCUGCGGGGAGGACGUGCCCGCCUGGUGGACUCCUCGGCCAGAGCCGGCGGGGCCUGGCGGGGCGGGGCCCCGAGAGGAGCCGGAGGUGUCGGCGGAGGGCUGCGGGGGGCGCACGGACCAGCCCGGGGGUGGGAGCCCUAGGCCCCAGAGGAGUCCGGGCAGAGCCCCCCCUGGGCGGACCGGACCGCCCGAGGAUCGCCGCCGCCGGGAGAGCGGGCUGACAGUGCUGGAGCUUGUCUGUGUCCCUGGGACCUGCUGGGAUCAUGUCCGGCCCCAACAGCCCCGAGGCGGUGAAGAAGCUGCUGGAGAAUAUGCAGAGCGACCUGCGGGCCCUGUCGCUGGAGUGCAAGAAGAAAUUCCCACCUGUCAAAGAGGCUGCUGAAUCAGGAAUUAUAAAGGUUAAAACAAUAGCUGCACGAAACACUGAAAUUUUGGCAGCAUUGAAAGAGAACAGCUCAGAGGUUGUGCAGCCUUUUCUAAUGGGUUGUGGAACCAAGGAACCGAAGAUCACUCAGCUGUGCUUGGCUGCCAUUCAGAGACUCAUGUCCCAUGAAGUCGUGUCUGAGAUUGCAGCUGGAAAUAUAAUUAAUAUGCUUUGGCAACUAAUGGAAAACAGUCUUGAAGAACUUAAGCUACUUCAAACAGUUCUUGUUCUCUUAACAACCAACACAGUAGUUCAUGAUGAGGCUCUUUCUAAGGCAAUUGUUCUUUGUUUUCGAUUACACUUCACAAAAGAUAAUAUUACAAAUAAUACUGCUGCUGCAACAGUGCGACAAGUUGUAACAGUUGUGUUUGAGAGGAUGGUCGCAGAAGAUGAGCACCACAAAGGUAUUGUGGAACAACCUGUACUAGUCCAAGGAAAUAGUAACAGAAGAUCUGUCAGUACCCUCAGACCUUGUGCUAAAGAUGCAUAUAUGCUUUUUCAGGACCUUUGUCAGUUGGUUAAUGCUGAUGCCCCUUACUGGCUGGUAGGCAUGACAGAAAUGACUCGAACAUUUGGCCUUGAAUUACUGGAGUCUGUCCUGAAUGAUUUUCCACAAGUCUUUUUACAACAUCAGGAAUUUAGUUUUCUCCUCAAGGAGAGGGUAUGCCCUCUUGUGAUAAAGCUGUUUUCUCCAAAUAUAAAGUUCAGACAAGGUUCCAACACUUCGUCUUCCCCGGCACCAGUGGAAAAGCCGUAUUUUCCCAUCUGCAUGCGUUUGCUGAGAGUAGUCUCCGUUCUCAUUAAGCAGUUUUACAGUCUCUUGGUAACUGAAUGUGAGAUAUUUCUGUCACUCCUGGUUAAAUUUCUGGAUGCUGAUAAACCACAAUGGUUACGAGCUGUUGCAGUGGAAUCAAUACACAGACUUUGUGUGCAACCUCAGCUGUUAAGGUCAUUUUGUCAGUCCUAUGAUAUGAAACAGCAUUCUACCAAGGUUUUUCGUGAUAUUGUGAAUGCACUGGGAUCUUUUAUCCAGUCCUUGUUUCUUGUUCCUCCUACUGGGAAUCCUGCUGCAACCAACCAGGCUGGUAACAACAAUUCUGGUGGGCCAGUAUCAGCACCAGCUAACUCAGGAAUGGUGGGGAUUGGUGGAGGUGUUACUUUGCUACCAGCAUUUGAAUAUAGAGGAACUUGGAUACCUAUUCUGAGUGUGACAGUUCAAGGCAGUGCUAAAGCCACCUACCUAGAGAUGCUGGACAAAGUUGAGCCCCCAACAAUACCAGAAGGUUAUGCCAUGUCUGUGGCGUUCCAUUGUUUGCUAGACCUUGUCCGUGGAAUCACUAGUAUGAUUGAAGGCGAGUUAGGAGAGGUUGAAACAGAAUGUCAGUCCACCACUGAAGGAGAGUCUUCACCAACAGCCUCUGCAGAAGAACAAGACAGGCAGUCAGCAUCAGACCACGUGGAUAAGGGAACUGUUAGUAGAGCCAUUUGGGAAGAAAUGGUGAAUGCCUGCUGGUGUGGUCUCCUGGCUGCACUCUCGCUGCUUCUGGAUGCCAGCACAGAUGAAGCUGCCACAGAGAGUAUUUUGAAAGCUGAGCUGACGAUGGCUGCUCUUUGUGGAAGACUGGGCCUGGUGACUUCACGAGAUGCCUUUAUAACAGCGAUGUGCAAGGGCUCCCUGCCUCCACACUAUGCACUUACUGUAUUAAACACCACCACUGCUGCUGCACUGACCAAUAAAUCGUAUUCCAUUCAGGGCCAAAGUGUUAUGAUGAUAAGUCCAUCAAGUGAAUCUCACCAGCAAGUUGUGGCAGUGGGUCAGCCUCUGGCCGUCCAACCUCAGGGCACAGUCAUGCUAACUUCCAAAAACAUCCAAUGUAUGAGGACUUUGCUUAACUUAGCGCACUGCCAUGGGGCUGUUCUUGGAACAUCGUGGCAACUCGUCUUGGCAACUCUUCAGCAUCUUGUAUGGAUUCUGGGAUUAAAGCCUAGUAGUGGUGGUGCCUUGAAACCUGGGAGAGCUGUAGAAGGACCUAGUACGGUCCUAACAACGGCAGUGAUGACAGAUUUACCAGUGAUUUCCAAUAUACUUUCGAGAUUGUUUGAAAGCUCACAGUAUCUUGAUGACGUAUCAUUGCAUCAUUUAAUAAAUGCACUUUGCUCCUUAUCCCUAGAAGCAAUGGAUAUGGCCUAUGGAAAUAAUAAGGAACCAUCACUUUUUGCUGUUGCCAAGUUGUUAGAAACUGGUCUAGUUAAUAUGCACCGAAUAGAAAUCUUAUGGCGACCUUUAACUGGCCAUCUGCUUGAGAAGGUCUGCCAGCAUCCAAACUCUCGAAUGAGAGAAUGGGGAGCCGAAGCUUUAACUUCACUUAUUAAAGCAGGAUUAACAUUUAAUCAUGAUCCUCCACUUUCACAAAACCAGCGGCUGCAGUUGCUUUUAUUGAACCCAUUAAAGGAGAUGUCCAAUAUCAACCAUCCUGAUAUCCGACUCAAGCAAUUAGAAUGUGUAUUACAGAUUCUCCAGAGUCAAGGAGACAGCCUUGGACCUGGAUGGCCAUUAGUGCUUGGAGUCAUGGGCGCAAUUAGAAAUGAUCAAGGAGAGUCCUUGAUACGAACUGCAUUCCAGUGUCUUCAGUUGGUAGUGACUGAUUUUUUACCAACAAUGCCUUGCACUUGCCUUCAGAUAGUUGUAGAAGUUGCAGGUAGCUUUGGACUUCAUAACCAAGAACUUAAUAUUAGUUUAACCUCAAUAGGUUUAUUGUGGAAUAUUUCAGAUUAUUUUUUCCAAAGAGGAGAAGUUAUUGAAAAAGAAUUAAAUAAGGAAGAGGCAGCACAGCAGAAACAUGCAGAAGAGAAGGGAGAGAUUUUGAAUCGGCCGUUCCACCCUGCCCCACCAUUUGAUUGCUUGUGGUUAUGUCUUUAUGCAAAGUUGGGUGAACUGUGUGUGGACCCCCGUCCUGCUGUCAGGAAGAGUGCAGGGCAAACUUUGUUUUCUACCAUUGGAGCACAUGGAACUUUAUUACAGCACUCAACCUGGCACACCGUUAUUUGGAAGGUACUCUUCCACCUUUUGGACCGAGUUCGAGAGUCUUCUACCACUGCAGACAAAGAAAAGAUUGAGUCUGGAGGUGGCAAUAUUCUCAUUCAUCAUUCAAGAGAUACAGCCGAGAAGCAGUGGGCUGAGACAUGGGUAUUAACAUUAGCCGGAGUAGCAAGAAUCUUUAACACUAGAAGAUAUUUAUUGCAACCUUUAGGGGAUUUUUCAAAAGCCUGGGAUGUUCUUCUUGACCAUAUACAAUCAGCUGCACUCAGCAAAAACAAUGAAGUUUCUCUGGCAGCUCUGAAAAGCUUCCAGGAAAUUUUACAGAUUGUGUCUCCUGUUCGGGACUCAGAGAAACCAGAGACACCGCCUGUUGUUAAUGUGCCUGUGCCUGUCCUCAUAGGGUCCGUAUCAGGGCCUGCCAUGAGCAGACCAUUUGUAAGAACAGAUUCUAUUGGUGAAAGACUUGGAAGAUACAGUAGUUCUGAGCCACCAGUAGUUACUGAUGAGCUUGAAGACUUGAAUCUCUGGUGGGCUGCGUGGAAUACCUGGUAUAGAAUUGGAUCUGAAAGCACUAAGCCUCCUAUCGCUUUUGAUAAACUAACUUUUAUUCCCAGCCAGCCUUUUCUUACAGCUUUAAUUCAGAUAUUUCCAGCUCUCUACCAACACAUAAAAACUGGCUUCAACAUGGAUGACUUGCAAAAAUUGGGAGUGAUAUUGCACAGUGCUGUUUCAGUCCCAAUUAGUUCAGAUGCAUCUCCUUUCAUUCUUCCAUCUUACACUGAAGCAGUUUUGACAAGUUUACAGGAAGCUGUACUUACAGCUUUAGAUGUUCUCCAAAAGGCCAUAUGUAUAGGACCCGAAAACAUGCAGAUAAUGUAUCCAGCCAUAUUUGACCAGUUGCUGGCCUUUGUAGAAUUUUCCUGUAAACCUCCUCAGUAUGGACAACUGGAAACAAAACAUAUUGCAAAUGCAAAAUAUAAUCAGAUCCAACUAUUUGCACCGGCUGAAUGGGUAGCCUUGAAUUAUGUACCAUUUGCUGAGAGAUCUUUAGAAGUAGUUGUGGAUUUAUACCAAAAAACAGCCUGUCACAAAGCAGUGGUGAAUGAGAAAGUACUACAGAACGUUAUUAAGACUCUUAGGGUUCCUCUUAGUUUGAAGUACUCCUGCCCUUCCGAAAGCACAUGGAAACUGGCAGUGUCUUCUCUCCUCAAAGUCCUUUCUAUUGGGCUACCUGUUGCCCGUCAGCAUGCUUCUUCUGGAAAAUUUGAUACAAUGUGGCCAGAACUAGCCAACACUUUUGAAGACUUUCUCUUUACUAAAAGCAUACCUCCAGAUAAUCUUUCUAUUCAAGAAUUUCAAAGAAAUGAAAGUAUUGAUGUUGAGGUAGUUCAGCUCAUUAGCACUGAAAUCCUACCUUACGCCAAUUUUAUUCCUAAGGAAUUUGUUGGUCAGAUAAUGACUAUGCUUAACAAGGGCUCAAUACAUUCUCAGUCCUCUUCAUUUACAGAAGCAGAGAUUGACAUUCGUUUAAGAGAAGAAUUUUCCAAGAUGUGUUUUGAAACAUUGCUCCAGUUUUCCUUCAGUAAUAAAGUCACAACACCACAAGAGGGCUACAUCUCCCGGAUGGCUCUCUCAGUGCUUUUAAAAAGGUCUCAGGACGUGCUACAUCGUUAUAUAGAGGAUGAAAGAUUAAGUGGCAAAUGCCCUCUUCCCAGGCAACAAGUAACAGAAAUCAUAUUUGUUUUAAAAGCAGUCAGUACUCUAAUUGAUUCACUUAAGAAAACUCACCCUGAGAAUGUUGAUGGAAAUACCUGGGCACAGGUAAUUGCCUUGUACCCAACUUUAGUGGAGUGCAUUACCUGCUCAUCCUCUGAAGUCUGCUCCGCACUUAAAGAGGCACUAGUUCCCUUUAAGGACUUCAUGCAGCCACCAGCAUCCAAAGUUCAAAACGGAGAAUCUUGACCAGCUACAGGAUAGUGAAGGAAGAAAUACACCUAAGAAUGUUUGCUCCUGAGUCUUCUGUGAGAGGAUGUUUCUUACUAAAAAUGAUUAUUGGCAGCUGUUGUUUGCUUUCUUUAAAUUGUACUUACCUGGGUUUAGUAAUUCUUAAAAGCUUCCAAAGGCUCGGAAUGAGUAGCAGUACAAGCCUUCAAGCUGUACUGAUGAGAGAGAUGGUUAACACAGUGUACCUGCUACCAUUUGUUCAACUGGUGAUUCAGAAGUGAGCUUAUGUAUAGCUUGUGGUGUAUGUGUUAAUGAUGUACUUUUUAAAAAGAAAGAGAACAUAUUUCAGUUCAGUCAGAUUUAUUAGGCUGGAGUUUUUGCACCCUUUUUCAAGUAUAAAAUUGUACUAAAUUUUAUGCAAGAAGGUACUGUAACAUUCCAUAUUAUCUAUAACCAGCCUUUGUAAACAAAGGGAACGGAUAACUUGUGUGUAUAAUAAAUAGUACAGUUCUGUAUAAAAUAGUUGCAUUUAUUAUUUAAAUUUUAAAAAUAUUGAUAUUGUUAAUUAAAUGCUUGAAAUUGUAUUUAUUAAUACAAAGUUGUUUGCUUACAUUUUUGCUAUAAUUUGCCUUAUUGUGCACAGAUAAGUUCACAUAAUCAUGCAGUUAGCUUCAGGCUUAUUUUAAAUGUAUUGCUGGUGACUCUUACACAUCUGGCCCGAAAGGUCAUGUGAACACAGCAGCAAAUGGUUUAUGAUUUGCUGAUUUUGCAACCUUGAAAUAGGGGUUGUUAAUUUACUAAAUUGAGAUGUGUUGUAGCACUAUGACUCCAUCAUACCUCAUUUCCUUAACUGUCUCUUCUAGCUUUCACUUGUCUGCUUUUAUAUCUGCUCUCUGAAUUUUAAAGACUUUUCACAUUUUAUAUUUCUACUGAUUUCCCCCCAACAUUUAUCACUGUCUUUGAAUUAUAAACCAGGCAAGAUGAUUUCAGAUUUCCUGAAAUAUGCCUAUGAGAUUUUUUUCAUUUCACUGCUUCAUUUUGUAAUAUCUUUUCAAGAAGAAAAAAAAAUCUAUACUAACCCCCAAGUAUAAAAUAUAUGUAUAUUAUAAAAUGACAAGUGUAUUUUUGACGGUAGUCAAGAUCUCGAAGUCCAGUAAACUUGCUGUCUUAGAGUAAAAUACUAAUUUUGUUUCACUUUCCUGUUCUAGUGAAAAAGAAAAGUGCUCUUGAUACAUUAACUUAAUUGUUUCUAAAAACUGACUUUGACCUAGUUCACUGUAUUUUUUAUUUAAUGAAUUAUGGUAUAAUAUUUUACUUCUGAGUUAAAUUUUCAUAAUCAUUUAUGUGAAGACAGAAAGAUGUGUAAAAAAUGAUUAUUCAUAAGAAAUCAUAAUGGUCUUGGUAUUAUUUUAGUAUAUUAGGAGAUCUUUGAUGUUAAGAGAAUUUAUGAAUUUCAGCUUCUUCCAAAUAAUCACAAAACAGCAGAAAACACUAGAAAUGAGUAACAGAUGAAGUUUAAUGUUGAGACUAUUAUAACUAUGUAAUUAUUUAAGUUGCACUAUUACCUGUAAAUAUGUGGUAAGUUCUUUUUUGAGGGAGUGUUACUUUUAUGUCACUUAAUUUCUGUUUUAUUUCGACUAAAAUUAAGGUAAAGCACAACAUUUCAUUGUUUCUGCUUUCGGUAUUUUCCUUAAAGUUGUAAAAAGAGGUCACUCAACUGUGUAGUUUAUGUUCUACAUUUGAAUAUAUCAAAUUGGAGAUUAGAAAAAUCCACACACUACUGACUGAUUAUUGAAACAGAAUAACAAGGGUAGUGCGUUUCAAUAACAUUAAAAAUAUUGUUAUUAGUUUAUAAGUGAAACUAUACCCAUUUUUGAAAAAUAACAGAUCAGUUGCAAACAGGAUAAUUAUUUUCCAGUCCAGCAGAAGUUAAAUGUGAGUUGGGGGUAUGCAACAUACAUUUACAUAAACCGAGUAGUUUGAUAGUGUAUUAGCUUGUGAUGUCAGAGCAUUUCCUGUGGUUCCAAACAUACAAAUGCAGUGGAUGUGUUAAUCCCACAUAAUAAGGUAAUCCAUUUCAAUCUCAUGGGUCCAAGUGGCUGCUUUUCCGCCAUUUCCUGCAUAGUAUAAUUAAGAGUAUCUCCCAACACCUUGCAGGUGUCACUACUAGCAAAAAUUAUUUCUCUGAGCCAAGCAUUCCUCUAGCUUGAUUUUCUAAAAUGCCCUGAUCCUGAGGGAGGUUAGCACAUUUUUCUUGUUAAUAUGAACUGGAUUCCUGGGUGAUUAAAAGAAUGGGGCUGUGCAAAAUUACUAGAUGCAAGGAUAUUCAAACACGAACCUCCCAGAGCCAAGAUCAUUUCAUUGUACAAUUGAGCCUAUAACUGUUCCUUGAAACAUAGUAAUGGUGUCCUUUGAGAUAAGUACCAGAAAUACAGAAUGAACUUUAUGCCUCACAUAAUCAUCUUUUGUCAACUUUUAGUGCCUCCCUUGCUGGACAGAAGUAUAUGUCAACAACUGGAUAAAGAAUGUCCUUGUCUGUUUUGUCCAUUAUUAAGGAAAUAAGGUGGUUGUUAGCUUUAGUAGAUUAUUUUUUAGUGUAGUUUAAUGCUACCACUGCCAAGAAAGAAUACAUGGUUUUGUAUUAUUUUAUUAUUUUUCUAUAAUGUUUUAGUAUUUUCCUCGUGUUAGUUUUACUUUAUAAAAUGAUAUAUAAUACUUAUUUAUUAGAAGCCUAAUGGGUGCUAAAAGUAAAAGGAAUAAGAGUAUACUUGGAAGGAACCUUUUAAAAACCUGCUUCGUUUUAGUUUUAUUAGAUCUAUAUCGUUCCAUACCCAUUUUUCAUCUGUAUGUUUAUUGAUUCCACUCUUGCCAUAUUCUUUACGUUGUAUAUAAACUUAGAAGUAAGGGAUUUAGUGUACAGGUUUUUUGCUGGAGAAUAGCAUUCACUUAGUUACACAGCAGGCCAAUAACAACUAGGGUAUUUGUGUUCAUAAAAACUUUAAUAAACACAGACAUAUUUUGUUCAUUAUUGCAAUUUGAUACUGCUGUAACAUUUGAUCCAAAGGAUUAGGUAAACUGAGAUUGAAUCAGCAUAAAUUACUUAAUAGUGUUAGAAAACAACUCAAGUAUAUACUCUUUUCCUGCUGAGGCAGACCCUGGGAGGCAGUGGCUGAUGGUUCAGACCCUGCCGACCAAGGGAGAGAUGGCCUGAGCUAGCUCCUCGGCCAAGGGGGAGAUGGUCUGAGCUUAGCUCCUUGCUUCACCUCCUGCAGUCACGGCUGUGGCAAGUACUUAAGCAGUGAGCCCUCAAAUCAGAGAUUGUCUGUCUCUCUCAUUCAAAUAAAUACAAAUUUUAAAAUUAAAAAAAUCUUAUUAAAGUAGAGGCUAUUGCAUUCAUGUUAGCAAAGGGCUAUGUAGUUUCUUUAUAAUGACUAAUGCAUCCUCUCCAAAUGUAGAAUAAUUCAGAUGGGCAACCAGAUUCUCAAAGGAAUACUUGGCCUGCCUGGCCAAGGCAGAACACUUAGGAGCUCACCUGCCAACGACUGCCACAGAAAUUCAUUGGAAGUUUGUAAGUCCCUGGAAUGGACCAGUGUUCAGGCCCAAAAUAUUAUAUAGUUGUUGUUGUUUUCAAUAUAGAAAAUGAGCACAGACAAGCACAAAAAUGGUUUCUGAGAGAGCAAUGCCAUCAACCUGUUAUGUUCUUCAGAUGUCCAGUUACUUUGUCAUUGUGGUAGAUACCAUGAUAUUGUGUAGAGAAGCCUUAGGUGUAUUUUACCUACGGUGUUACUAGUGAAGGUUUUUUUUUUUCUAAGAACAAAUUUAUAACAAACAUUGUUACCUAUUUGUGUAAAUAAUUUUUAAUACUUCAUAAUCAUUUGUAGGAAAAAUUUUAUAUCCCUGGAAAGCGGUGGAUUUGGAUUGAAAAGCUGUCAAAAAGAUUGGGGGAGGGGGAGACUUUGUAUAUUGAUUUAUAUAUAAACUGCUUCAGAGGUUAAAAUAAAUCAAAUAGUUAUGAUAAUUAAAAAUAUAUAGCCAAGAGAGAGGGAGCCCUUUUCCACUGGUUCACUCCCCAGAUGUUUUCAACAUCCAGGCCAAAACUGGAAGCCUAACUUGGAGUCAGGUCCAAGGUUCUCACCUGGGUAGCAAAACCCACCCACCCAACCCAUCACUUCUUGCAUAGGCUGUACUGGCAUGAAGCUGGGCUCAGGAGCAGGAGCCAGGAGAGAAGCACAGGUAUGGUGGUAGGAAACGUGGCAUCUUAAAUGCCAGUCUGAAUGCCCUAAGUACUCCUAAAUGCAAUAUUUGAGUGAACUAGCAGUGUUGUCUCUUCAAAAGGGCAUAGGUUGAAUAAGCAUGCCUUUUGUGAAUAGAAAAAUUGUUGAUAAUCUUGAUAAUUUGAAGCAAUGGUCUGAGACUCUGCUUCUU